CAGGUGAAAUAAACUUGAACGUGGCUUCGAAAGUAUCGCGCGAGGAGCAUCAAGGUUGAGUAGCUUGCGCGGUAAAUGCAGGAGUAAAAAUAGACGGAACCCAAUGCUCGCUUCAUGGUGCUGUUCCACUGUUCUACGCGUUAUGCGUCAGCGCACAUUCAGUACAGAAUAUACUUUCAUGGAUGUGGAGCGAGCGAGCGCGUUGCACGUGAUGAAUGGAAAACAGGAAAAUGCAGGCUAGAUUCCGAUACAGAACGUAAUAUCACGUCACACACCUUACUAAUCUCCAAAGAGGUGGCACAAAAGCAAUUAUUUUCCAGUUAUGAAGAUUAACUCCCUUUGGAAAUAUUUUG